UUUUUUUUUUUCCAGGUCAGGCUACUCUCUAUCCAUAUUUUCCUGUUCACCUCAAGUCCUUGGGAGUUCCCCUGACACAAACAGCCAUCAUACUUGCUGUCCAGCCUUUGAUUGGUUUGUUUGUAAUGCCUUUCGUUAGAGUCCUUGCUAAUCGUAUUGGCAACAUUAGGUUACUACUUUGUUUCUUUCUGAUAUUUUCCGCCACCACUUGCUUAGGGCUAACAUUCGUUCCAGUUGUUGAAACAAAGAUGACACACGAUAAUUUGGAUUUUAGCAUGAAGUGCUCUCUUUCAUCAAACUUUACCUACUUUUAUCUAUUAACAAAUAACUCUUGUUCUAUUCGAAAUCCAAAUUCUCUUGAUCACCUGGUGUUAGAAAUAAAAAACUGCUCAACAAACUGUUCAUCACAAGUACAGUCUCGAAACACCAUUGAUUACUGUUUUGUGAACACAGAAGAAAAGUCUUGUGGAAAACUUACAGCUAAUACGACACUUACCUUUGAGAUUUCAAACUUAGUUGAGUCCAUAAAGUUUAACAAGUUGCCUAGAAAUGUUUUAAUUUAUAUUAUUAAGGGUAAUAUCACUCACGGUGGAGCCCAGUAUCGAAAUUUAAUAUGUGGUUCUACAAAUAAAUUGUUUUUGUUUGAAAGUUGCCACAUUUCUUGUGACGUAAGAAGCGCUGGUAAUGCCGCUACAUGUGUUGGAACACAGCUUGCAUCUGAGAAGAGAUAUUCUAGAACUUUCUGGAUGUAUCUCACAAUUCGUUUAAGCGUAUCUUUGGGAAUAGGGAUUUUAAAUGGUCUGUUUGAUGCCACAUCUAUAGCUGUUAUAAAAGAGCUAGAUGCAGAUAUUGGUUACCAACGUAUGUGGCAGGCAGUUGCUGUAUGUUCCUUUGCUCCAAUCAGUGGCGGACUGGUCGACCUGCUGAGUGCAGGUAAAGACACUAAGGACUACAGUCCUUGUUUCUACCUAUAUGCUACACUCUACAUAGCAGGAGCUUUCGUGUCUCUUUUUGUUGACUUCAGCACGAAAAUAUGUUCCAAGAAAGCUUGUAAAAACUUGAAGAUUCUUCUUGCAAAGUCAGAAAUAUAUGUGAUCCUCUUUCACGUCUUAAUUUUAGGAAUAUCUUGGGGCUUUCUAGAAAAUUUUCUCUUCUGGUUCCUUGAGAGUGAACUGGGUUCACCUGCUUUCUUAUUGGGGGUGAUUUUAACUAUUGGUGUUGGUACAAGUAUUCCAAUGACAACCUUCUCCACUUGGAUAACCAAAAAUAUUGGUUAUGUCAAUGUCAUUAUUGUAGCUUUUGUAGCAUAUGCGAUACGUUAUAUUGGAUAUUCGUAUGCCUACAACCCGUAUAUUUGUCUUGUUUAUGGAACACUAGAGAAUUUCACUCUUACUUUAUCUGCUGUUGGCAUAAUGCUAUAUUGCUAUCAUCUUGUUCCAUCGAAGACGAUAAACACAAUGAAGAUGCUAUGGAUCAGUACACAUUUCAUCAUGGGUAAGGAUACUUCACUAGAUGAAAUACGUUAAUGUUCCCAAUCUUGU